GUGGUUGGCGCGAACCCAUAACGAAUCGACGUGCUUCAAUUCGAACGCCACUCUCUCAAAUACUCAGUCCAUCUCCAUUAAUGACAGAUUACACGCCGACCACCUAAACGCCAUCGUUUCGUCGACCGGUCUUUGUUACUCUGUGAAAGCCAACUUAUGGAGACUUCAAUUUCUUCACCGUUUGUGGUCUCUCCGAUUUCCAAGCCAUUACUGUCCAGAAGCAAAGUAGCAGAGCAUCCCAAACAUGCCGUCCAUUUCAUUUGUAGAGAGAGAAACAAUCGACUCAUCAAAACCCAUCAAUUCGAUACGGCAAGAAUAGCUGCCAUUAACGAUGUUUCGGCUGUGACAGACCCAGCUCAGGCGGGAAUCACCUGGCAAAUCGUCGUUGGCACUUUGGCUGGUGUAACCCCUUUUGUGGUGGCAGGCAUCGAAUUCAGCAAAAGAAUUGUAGCUCAAAAGAGGUGUGGGGUAUGUGGAGGUUCCGGACUGGUUCUGAGGGACAACAAGUACUAUUUCCGAUGCCCUAGCUGCGGUGGAUUUCUCCCGUGGCAGUCAUGGAAAAGAUUUUUCUCUGGUUAAAGUCCUUUUUAUCUCCAACCGUUCGUAACAUUUCUGAUUUCCAAAUGGUUAAUCAAUAGCUUCCGUUGUUACGCAUUUCUAUGUUGCAAAAAGAAUAUAUAUAUAUAUAUAUAUAUAUAUAUAUAUAUAUAUAUAUAUAUACAUUUUCGAGCAUGCCUUGUAUACGUUCUUGGUUUAUACAUUUUGUUAGUAUUUUACAUAGCCACCAAUGGAACAGUUAUACCUUUCAUCAUAGUUGCAAAGAAAUUGUAUACAGAAGUUUAUUUUUUAUUCUUUUUUUUUUUCCCCGGAAAGUCCGGAAGUUUAAAUUUGCUUGAACAGUUAUUACAUGUAUGAAAUUGAAUAAGAUUUGAAUGAAAAUACUACGCUUUAGGACUUCUAUAGAA